AUGAGGGCGACUCCUGCUGCUCUAAGCCUGCCAACAUUGAGCCACAGUGCCGAGAGCGUUCCAACUGCUGCGAGGGGAGAUCUUUGCCUUGUUGCGAUUCAUCCUGUAUCGACCGACUUGCUCUCCGCAAGUGUACCGCUGAGUGAUUCUUGCUGUACGCCGCCACGACGAUCUUCGUUGGAGAGUGAUCAGGCGAAAUUAGGUGAUUCAGCCACGUGUUGUACAUCUGCCGAUUUUGACGGUGUGUCUAAGGCGGACGCAUGUAUAUCUACUGCAAAGCCGCGCCCCAGGUCCACUAAAGGAUGCUCCACUAUCAACGCUACCUCCUGUACCAGUGCUUGUUGUGGAACCACAAAACCUUCGGUGGCUAAUACUCUCACUAAAUGCGCCGAUACUUGUUGUGACGACAAGAAAUCUUUCCCGGCAGUAUGCGCUACUGCCUGCUGCAAUGAAAAGAAGACAGUAACACAGGAAAGGGAAGUCAGGCCCGACCCAACCCUUAAUAUGGACCUGGAAAUGGGCUUUUCUGGAUUGGAGUAUGUGAUCCUCAGCAUCUCGGGGAUGACUUGCACUGGAUGCGAAACCAAAUUAUCCCGUACUCUGGCAACACUUCCCGCAGUCACCAAUUUGAAGACUAGCCUGGUCCUUUCGCGGGCGGAAUUUGACCUCGAUACCAGCUCUACUUCCGUUGCCGAUGCAAUUAAACAUCUCGAGAGAACGACCGAGUUUAAGUGCGAGCGCGUCACUCACCAAGGUUCCAGCCUCGAUCUCGUUUGUCGUGGUGAUCCAGCCGAUAUUGUCAAAGGCGAUUGGCCAGACGGUGUCAUUGACGUGAACGUGGUAGACAAGAAGACCGUUCGUGUCAAUUUUGACGCCAAAACCAUCGGCUCGCGAGAUCUUGUCGAAAAGGGCUGGCCCUACUGUCUGCAACUCGCCCCGCCUCGCGCCGAUCCUACCCUAGACGCCAGUGCUAAACAUGUCCGCAAGGUCGGAUACAUGACCUUGUUAUCCAUUAUCCUGACCAUUCCCGUUCUAGUACUGGCGUGGGCUCCACUUCCAAAUAAAGAAGAUAGAAAGAUCCUGUUCGGUUCUAUUUCCCUUGCUCUCGCUACCAUGAUUCAAUUUGUGGUUGCUGGGCCUUUCUAUCCUAAAGCGCUCAAAGCAUUGGUCUUCUCGAGAGUAAUUGAGAUGGAUUUGCUUAUCGUUUUGAGUACCAGCGCCGCAUACAUCUUCUCCGUCGUGGCGUUCGGCUAUCUCAUUGCGCACAAGCCACUAUCCAGCGGUGAAUUCUUUGAAACUAGCACAUUGCUAGUUACGCUCAUCAUGAUUGGUCGCUAUAUUGCUGCGUUGGCACGGCAAAAGGCUGUCGAAUCCAUUUCGAUUCGCUCGUUGCAAACAUCGACUGCUACCAUCAUAGAUAGAGAUGAGGUUGAGAAGGAAAUAGAUGCCAGACUACUUCAGUAUGGCGAUGUUUUUAAAGUAACUCCCGACUCCAGGAUUCCGACCGAUGGGACCGUCAUCUCUGGCUCUUCUGAGAUUGAUGAAUCUAUGAUGACUGGCGAAUCAAGACCUAUCGAAAAGUUCAAGGGUUCGUCUGUCAUUGCUGGAUCUAUUAACGGAUCAGGAGUUCUAACCGUUCGGCUCACCCGAAUUCCUGAUGACAACACCAUCAGUACUAUUGCCGGAAUGGUCGACGAAGCAAAGCUGUCUAAGCCAAAAGUUCAGGAGAUUGCUGACAAAGUGGCAGCCUGCUUUGUUCCUGUUGUUGUCUCAAUCACAGUCGUUGUGUUCUGCAUCUGGAUUGCUAUAGGCAUCACCGUUCAAAACAGAUCCGGGUCUGAGGCUGUUAUUCAAGCCAUUACAUAUGCUAUCGCAGUACUGAUCGUGUCUUGUCCCUGCGCUAUUGGUCUUGCUGUCCCAAUGGUAAUUGUCGUUGCAACUGGUGUUGCCGCAGAGAGAGGCGUUAUUUUCAAAUCUGCCGAUGCUAUCGAAAUCGCGUACAAGACCACUCAUGUUGUUUUCGACAAAACCGGGACGCUGACUCAGGGUAAGCUUACUAUCGCUCAAGAAGAGUACCCCGACACUUCUCCUAGUACAAAAUCUCUGUUAUUGGGCCUGAUCGGGAGCAACAAACAUCCGGUUUCUCUUUCAGUUGCAAGUCACCUUAAAGCAAAAGGAAUCAUAGCCAUGCCAGUAUCAGACCCUAGGAACAUAGUCGGCAGAGGUGUCGAAGGCGCUUUUGAAGGUCGCACUCUCCGUGCAGGUAAUUCUAGAUGGCUCGGCUUUUCGGACGAUCCACUGGUUCAGUCCAUUAUAUCCCAGGGUUACACUGCCUUUUGCUUUACAAUGGACGGUUCCCUCGCUGCCGUGUUCGGCCUUGAGGACUCUCUGCGAGCGGAUACUCUUUCUACCAUCACCAAGCUGCAGCAAAACCAGAUAACGGUUCAUGUCCUCUCUGGUGAUGAUGAUGGUGCCGUCAGAGCGGUCGCAUCUCAACUGCAGAUUCCCAAUUCGAAUGUGCGAUCCCGCUGCACUCCGACGGACAAGCAAUCUUACAUCAAGGAACUCCUCGCCACAUUUGACCCACGCGGACCGAAAAAGAAAGCGAGAGGGCCCGUUGUCAUGUUCUGUGGCGAUGGAACUAACGACGCCGUCGCUCUUGCCCAGGCCACCAUCGGCGUACAUAUGAACGGAGGCACUGACGUCGCUAAAUCCGCCGCAGAUAUUGUUCUCAUGCGACCGAGUCUGUCCGGCAUUCUCAUCGCGAUAACUGUCAGCCGAAAAUCAGCCCAUCGGAUUGCCUUCAACUUCGGCUGGAGUUUUGUGUACAAUAUAUUUGCUAUCCUUCUUGCUACCGGUGCCUUUGUGCAUUUCCAUAUUCCGCCAGAGUUUGCAGGGCUGGGUGAGCUGGUUAGCGUUUGUCCGGUGAUUGCAGCAGGCGUUCUGCUGAGGUCGGCAAGGAUUUAG